AUGCAGUCUUCUAGACGUGCUGUGGUUGCUUGCCAAUAUCCUCGGUCUACUUAUCGGCACUCGACAAGUAGCCACAGAGCACUUCAAGGCACCAAACUGCUAGUUCCAGCUGUGCCCCAUAUAAGGGCCCGGAAUAUCCUCGACUCCCACGAGCCGCAUCAUACAAAUGAGGUUAAUCGUCAUCUACAGACUGAGGGAGUCCUCAAAAUCACCUUGGGAUUUCCCGAUAAUAGAAGCAAAUACCUUGAAAGACUUGUCUUGAGUCUCGGUACACAUCACGGCCACGGACCUCCCAUUACUCACAGUGCAAAUCGGGGAUGGUUCUGGGAUGUUCGGCCCACAAAGGAAUCCCUAGGCCAAAAUUAUCGCGCGAGAUCCGAGACUAUGGAUGAGUUCCCUUGGCAUACCGACUGCAGCUAUGAGCUUGCGUCUCCACAGUUCUUCGCGCUUCAAGUGCUCCAACCAGAUUUCUGCGGCGGCGGUAUUCUAUCAGCUCUCAAAGUAGACCGGAUUCGUUCCUUGAUUUCUGCUGACGCAUACGCGAACUUGUUAAAGCCGGAAUUCGAAUUCAAAAUACCCUCCGAAUUUUCCAAAGACCCAGCGACAGUCAGCAUACUGAGCAGCAUCCUAGGUAUCAAUGCGCGAGAUCGUUCCACCAUGAUGCGGUACAGGGAGGAUAUCAUAACACCUGUCACAACCCAGGCAUUCUCGGCACUGAAAGAGCUCAAAUGUGCUAUAAGAGAAGUGGAGCUUUUGCCGAACGCAGUUCUGCGUCUCGGAACUGAAGAUCUGCCUGAAAGGUCGAUUAUCCUGCUCGAUAAUCGUCGUUGGCUGCAUGCAAGAAGUCAUGUCAAGGACCCCAAUAGACACCUGCGUCGAGUUCGAUGGAACGCGGCUCCAUUUUCUAAUGGAUCGAUGUAUCACCCGGAAGAGUGA